AUGGCUCCUCACGACCUCCAGGCUGGGAGUAUCGGAGGAUUCCUUCGAAGGAGACCAGGAGAUCAUCCAGCAGCAGAGGGUUCCCUUUCCCUGGCGCAGUGGGAAGUCCAGUGGCAGGAGUUCCUCAGGACACUGGAAACCCCUCACUCUGGAUGGGGAAGCCCCCACUUGCCAGCAAAACCUUCGCCCUGGGAUGAUGCCAAGGCCUUUCUGGCCUCCUUUGAGCAAGUGGCCGAAGCCUGUCAGUGGCCCCAGGAAGAGUGGGUGACCCGACUCUGGCCAGCCCUUAGUGGUGAAGCUGAGCAGGCCUUUAGCGGUCUGGAUGUCAGAGACAGAGAGGAUUAUGGGAAGGUGAAGGCAGCCAUCUUGAGAACGGAUGUCCUGAGCUGGGAGAAGAAGCGCCAGCAGUUCAGGCGUUUCUGCUACCAGGAGGCCGAGGGCCCACGGGGGGCUUACAGCCAACUUCGGGAAAUGUGCCGUGGGUGGCUAAGAGUGGAGAAGCACAGCAAGGAGCAGAUCCUGGAGCUCUUGAUCCUGGAGCAGCUGCUGACUGUCCUGCCCCCGGAGAUCCGGAGCUGGGUGAGCGAAGGCGGCCCUGAGAGCUGCUCCCAGGCAGUGGCCCUGGCUGAAGAGUUCCUCUUACGGCAGGAGACGCAGGUGCCCUUGGAGGAGGCAUCUGGGAGGGCCUCCAAGGCAGGCCAGGAUCCGUCUGAGAUUGAGCAGAGGCAGCUCACGCUGGGGCUCAAGGAAGAGGAGGAUGGAGAAGCCAGCCCACUAGGAGAUGUAGAGGAGACGGUUGAGGAAUUCCAGCGGUUCUCAUUGAAUAAGGGCAAGAAUGAAGAGUCUAAAGGAAACUUCAGGAUUCUAACUCAGCCAUCAAGGCAGGAGGAAAGCCAUGCAGAGAAGAUGAGGGAUAAGCCCGUUCCUUGCCAAGCAGGGGAAUUCCAUGAAAUCCCAAUCCGAGCAGAAAGAUCACCCCAAAAAAUAAGGAAGGAAGGGCAUGAAAAUGCAAGUAUGGUGUCUGGAACGACCUUCAUUCAGAGCAUGAAAGUUAUUUCCCAUCUAGACGUUCCCUCAGGAGAGAAACCAUAUAGUUGCUUGGAGUGUGGAAAAGGCUUCAGUCGGAGAUCAGUCCUUGCUUCACAUCAGAGGAUUCACUCGGCAGGGCAUGAUCAGGAGAAUGAGGAUGAUGAGGAACGGCUUCAGUCAUCUCCAGAUAAAGCAAAGGAUGAAGAGCUGGAAGGAAACUUCAGGAAUCGAGAUGGAUCCAAGAGGCCAGAGGGAAGCCACACAGUUGAGAAGAGGGAUAAACACAUUCCUUGCCAAAGAAAGGGUUUCUGUGAAGAAAUUCCCAUGUUGGAGGAAACAUACAAGUGCUCAAAGUGUGGAAUAAACUUCUCAGAGGAAACUCAAUAUAAUAUUCAUUUGCGAAAGCACAAUGGAAAGAAGACCCAUAAAUGCUUGGAGUGUGGAAAGAACUUUAACAAAAGUCUUAAACAGCAUAAAGGAACGCACACAGGGGGGAAAAAAUCAGAGUGCUCAGAGUGUGGAAAGAACUUUAGUCAGAGUUGCCAUCUUCAGCAGCAUCUAAGAACCCACACGAGAGAAAAAACUUUUGAAUGCUUACAGUGUGGAAAGAACUUUAGUCAGAGUUGCCAUCUUCAACGGCAUCUAAGAACCCACACGAGAGAAAAACCUUUUGAAUGCUUACAGUGUGGAAAGAACUUUACCUACUUUUGCAUUGAUUUGCAGCACCUUUGA